AUGCAGCACAGGGGAACUACUGCGGAGGUUCUUUUCAGGGCAUCAUCAACAAGCUGGACUACAUCCACGAUCUCGGCUUCGAUGCGUCUCCAGAUAUGGAUCUCUCCAGCGCAAACCCAGAUUUCCGCCCGAACAGCAGAUCUCUCAGCAUACCAUGGAUAUUGGCCCAAUGACCUGUAUUCCAUCAACUCCCACUUCGGCACUCCUAAGGAGCUUCAAGCCUUGUCCUCUGCCUUGCACAAUCGUGGAAUGUACUUGAUGCUUGACAUCGUGGUUGGUGAUAUGGCCUGGGCGGGAAAUUCUAGCACCGUCGAUUACAGCACUUUCAAUCCUUUCGAUGAUGAAAAGUACUUCCACGACUUCAAACUCCUCUCCAGUGAUCCCACAAAUGAGACAUGUGUCCUGGAUUGCUGGAUGGGAGACACCGUCGUAUCGCUUCCCGAUCUGCGAAAUGAGGACGAUCAGGUUCAGAAUAUUCUGGGCUCCUGGAUAUCAGGGUUGGUCUCGAAUUAUUCGAUUGACGGACUGCGUAUCGACAGCGUCCUAAACAUCGCCCCCGACUUCUUCUCCAACUUCACCAAAUCAUCGGGGGUUUUCACUAUCGGUGAAGGUGCUACGGCCGAUGCAGCUGAUGUUUGCCCUCUGCAGCCAAGCUUGAAUGGGCUAUUAAACUAUCCAUUGUACUACAUUCUCACCAACGCCUUCAACACAACCAACGGGAACCUGAGCACUAUUACCGAGUCUAUCAGCUAUACCAAGGGGCAGUGUGAGGAUGUCCUGGCUCUGGGGACGUUUACUGCUAACCAGGAUGUUCCGCGCUUCGGUUCAUACACGUCGGAUAUAUCGCUGGCGCGCAAUAUUCUGACCAGCAGUAUGCUGGCGGACGGCAUCCCCAUCCUCUAUUACGGCGAGGAACAACAUCUGACUGGAUCCUACAAUCCAGUCAACCGCGAGGCUCUCUGGCUGACCAACUACUCGAUGCAUUCGACUUCCCUCCCCGCCCUCGUCAAAUCACUGAACCGCCUUCGAUCAUACGCUAGCGGAGAUGGUGAGCAGUACACGCAAAAUUCGCAAUCUGGUAGCGAUUACCUCUCGUACCUGUCAGCUCCCAUUUACAAUUCUACCCACAUUCUGGCUACGCGCAAGGGGUUUGCAGGCAAUCAGGUCGUGAGCGUCGUAUCCAAUCUGGGAGCCAAGCCAGCCAGCAAAGCCGCCACGAAAAUUACAUUGGGCUCAGACGAGACCGGAUUUCAAUCCAAACAAAAUGUGACCGAAAUCUUAUCUUGCAAGACCUAUGUCACGGACUCCAGCGGGAAUCUGGCAGUGGAUCUGAGCUCGGACGGGGGUCCGCGCGUGUACUAUCCCACAGACAGCCUGAAGGACAGCACCGAUAUCUGUGAUGAUCAGACUAAAUCGGCGACCCCGAGUAGCUCCGCAGCCUCAUCCGUCAGCCCAAACCAAUCCAAGGGGUCUGAGACUUGUUUGUUUGGGGUGCCGCUGGGGAUAAGCACAUUGGUGGUCACCGUUGCGAUGGCCACGUCCUACGCGUUCAUCUAG